AUGACUAAAGAGGAUCCUAAAGAGUUCGAAAAGGACCCGAAAAUGAUCGAGGAGGAACCAAAAGAGGAUCCAAUUGAGGAUCCUAUAAAGAAUCUUGAAGCUGUCCCGCCUGAGAUUGCCCUAAAUGAGUCCAGGCUGAAAGGGAUAAUAUUGGCCACUGCACUAGUGUCUGGUUUUAGUGGUGUUAAAAGUUCCACACUGAGGAAAAUUGAAGCCUUGACAAGAGAUAGGGAAAGGGAGAUUGUACAAGUUGCAGAAUCAGUGAAUGAACUUGUUCAGAUCAUGAAAGAUCUCUCAGUCCUUGUCAUAGAUCAAGAAACCAUAGUUGACAGGAUUGAUUACAAUGUACAGAAUGUUGCAAGUUUAGUGGAAGAUGACUUUAAACAGUUAGAGAAGGUUCUCUCUCUUAUUGUUUUUUUUGUCUUGUGA